AUUCUCAACUCUGAAGGAUCAUUUCACCCGUGUGGUCAGACUUCAAAAAAUUGAAGUAAUAUUCAAAGAUUAUUCCAGAAGCCAUAGGCACCAGAUCAGUAGGACAUUUAAAUAGAGCCAACCCAACUCCAAACACAACACCACUUCUCCUUCUACCUCGUCAUCCCUUCCCAAACUCUUUCUGUGCUCUCAUAGAACAUUCUUGUAAUAAAUUAAUCAUGGGCACUCUGGUGGGACAUGUAGCUCCAGGUUUUGGUUUCAUGUUGAUAGGUUUGUGGCACCUCUUCAACCACAUCAAGCUCCACGCCCUUAACCCAAAGUCCUACAAAGGUCCAUCAUGGUUCCCAUCUUCCAAGUUUAGAUACCUAGAGUUGGUGCUCAUCAUGCUAGGCUGCACGGCCUCCGUUUCAAUGGAACUCUUCAUUGGCCCAGAUCGCCACCAACCUCUUGACCCAGAUGGAACCAUUCCCUCCAACCAUCUCCACAACUUCGAGCACUCUUCCAUCUCCAUCACCUUCUUCCUCUACGCAGCUUCUUCCAUCAUCCUCGACCGUGCCCAAGCCCAGGCUCAAUUCGUACUCACCCAGUUUCUUGGAGCCGUAGCAUUUGCCCAACAACUGCUUCUCUUCCACCUCCAUUCCGCGGACCACAUGGGCCCAGAAGGCCAAUACCAUCUUUUGUUACAGCUUUUGGUCUUUGUUUCACUCUCCACCACAAUCAUUGGAAUCGGGUUCCCUGAAAGUUUCAUCGUCAACUUCGUUCGCUCCGUCAGCAUUUUCUUCCAGGGGCUGUGGUUAAUUGUGAUGGGCUUCAUGCUAUGGACACCUUCACUGAUACCCAAAGGCUGUUACAUGAACGACGAGGAGGGUCACAUGGUGGUUAGAUGCUCUUCCCACGAGGCACUUCACCGCGCGAACUCGCUGGUAAACAUUGAGUUCAGUUGGUUCAUGAUUGGUGUGACCGUUUUUGCGGUUUCCUUGUACUUGGUUUUGGUAAAAGUUUACGGGGAGAAGGUGCAGUAUUUUUCCCUGGGGAACGAGGAUGAAGAGUCAAAGUACGACGUUGAGUCCCAAAAGAGCGGCGCCUUUGACAACAACAGCAAAAGCUUUAUUCACGUCAGCAAAAUCUUUCCUCAAAAUCAUAUGGAAAGGUAGAUAUAUAUAUAUAGAUAGAUAUAAAGAGAGUGAUGAAAUGAAAGUUGGUUAAUUUGUGAUUAGUUGUGAGGUUUGUGGGUUUACUGUAUAGCUCUCUUUUGAUUAGGAUUGAGAUUAGUUAAGUCAUCAGCAAUGUUGUUUUCGUUUGUGAAUGUGGGAAUUAUUUCAUUUGUUUGUGUUUGCUAGUUAGUGGGGGGCAGACAAGGUUGUUUAGUUUCUGCUUGAAAU